AUCUCUCCCUGGGACUCUUCAGGGGAACAGCAGGGCUCAGGGGCCAGGGAAGCGCCUGGCUGGGAGUUGGUCCCACCAGCAGAGGUCUGGACCAGAGGCUGGUCCCCUUUCUAAAGUACACUCACCCUUUGACUUUUGGUCGGGGUUUUGCUGAGCUGGCUGCAGCCUGGCUCCAAAACGACAGAGCAGCGCAGGAAAAGAACAUCGGGAUCUCUCUGCUGGAAUCAUGCCGACGGUGGACGACAUCCUAAAGCACAUCGGCGAAUUCAACUUUUUCCAGAAACAAACGUUUUUCCUCCUCUGUCUGAUCUCGAUCGCCUUCACCCCCAUCUACGUGGGCAUCGUCUUCCUGGGCUUCACCCCGGAUCACCGCUGCCGGAGCCCCGGGGUGGCGGAGCUGAGCCGGCGAUGCGGCUGGAGCCUGGCGGAGGAGCUCAACUACACGGUGCCGGGCCCGGGGCCGGAGGGCCAGUGCCUCCGCUACGAGGUGGACUGGAACCAGAGCGCCCUCGGCUGCCUGGACCCGCUGGCCGGCCUGGCCGCCAACGGCAGCCCCCUGCCCCUGGGCCCCUGCGACCAGGGCUGGGUGUACGACACCCCCGGCUCCUCCAUCGUGACCGAGUUUAACCUAGUGUGUGCCAACUCCUGGAUGCUGGACCUGUUUCAAUCGGUGGUGAAUGUAGGAUUUUUUAUCGGUUCUCUGAGUAUCGGCUACAUAGCAGACAGGUUUGGCCGUAAGCCCUGCCUCUUGAUUACAAUCCUCAUAAACGCUUCGUCUGGAGUGCUCAUGGCCAUCGCCCCAAACUACACAUCGAUGCUAAUUUUUCGCUUGAUCCAAGGACUGGUCAGCAAGGCAGGCUGGUUAAUAGGCUACAUCCUGAUUACAGAAUUCGUUGGGCUGAACUACCGGAGGACAGUGGCGAUUUUCUACCAAGUGGCCUUCACGGUUGGACUCCUUGUGCUUGCUGGGGUGGCCUAUGCGCUUCCACACUGGAGGUGGCUUCAGUUCACCGUGACUCUGCCCAACUUCUGCUUCUUGCUCUAUUACUGGUGUGUACCCGAGUCUCCUCGAUGGCUGAUCUCCCAGAACAAAAAUGCUAAAGCCAUGAAGAUCAUUAAGCAUAUUGCCAAGAAAAAUGGAAAACCCUUGCCUGAAUCUCUUCAGAGCCUCAGACCGGACGAGGAAGCUGGUGAGAAGUUGAAUCCUUCAUUUCUUGACUUGGUCAGAACCCCUCAGAUAAGGAAACACACUUUGAUCUUGAUGUACAACUGGUUCACGAGCUCUGUUCUCUACCAGGGCCUCAUCAUGCACAUGGGCCUUGCUGGGAGCAACAUCUACCUGGACUUCUUCUACUCUGCGCUGGUUGAGUUCCCAGCUGCCUUCACCAUCAUUCUCACCAUUGACCGCGUAGGUCGCCGUUAUCCCUGGGCCACAUCAAAUAUGGUGGCGGGGGCAGCCUGUCUAGCCUCGGCCUUUAUCCCUGAGGAUCUAUACUGGCUAAGAGUCACGGCUGCUUGCCUGGGUAGGAUGGGGAUUACGGUGGCCUAUGAGAUGAUUUGUCUGGUCAACGCGGAGCUGUAUCCCACAUUCAUCAGGAACCUCGGGGUGCUCGUCUGCUCCUCCAUGUGUGACAUCGGGGGCAUCCUCACACCCUUCCUGGUCUACAGGCUCACCGACAUCUGGCAUGAGCUCCCCCUGGUGGUUUUCGCCGUGGUCGGCCUGAUUGCUGGAGGACUGGUGGUGUUGCUCCCAGAAACCAAAGGGAGGACUUUGCCUGAGACCAUUGAAGAAGUUGAGAACAUGCAGAGGUCAGUAAAAAGAAAAGACAAGAUGACUUACAUUGAAGUCAAGAAACUAGACACUCCACUGAAUUAAGAAGAGAGAGCUGCUCUUGUUUGCUUUGACAAAAACAAGGCAAGAAUCAGAGAUUUCUGCUAUCAUCACAAAGCCUAUACAUGUAACCUUACUUCUGUUUGGACACUAGUAACCUUGAUCUAUAACCAAAUGGAGGCUGUCGUACUGCUGUAUGAAAACUGCCUCUAGGACGAGGUCCUGCAAUCCUCCCUUGUUUGAACACUUCCAAUGACUCAUCUUACAUAGCUACCUUAAGAGGGGAUGCCAGCACUCCUCUGGACCAGAUAUUUCCAGAGUAGAUUCUAGAAUAUCUCAAGGGAGAAGCAAAAAGUCUGUCGAGGAAAGAAACAGCUUACACAUAAAAAGAAUGUCAAGACUUUGUAAUUGAAAUCAGCGGAAAUCUGAGUACAAGUUUAGGAAUGAAUCGUAAAGAUACAAGGCCCAGGAGGAUGAAACAUAAUAAUGAGUCAGGUAAGAUUUACUGAUAUGAGUGCUCUGACACAAGGUUCUAGAUUUAAUGUGCUGGCUGGAACAUCUAGCAUCAGCUCCAACAGUUAGCAGAACAACAACAUGAGAAAAAAUAUGAGUAUAUUUCCAUAAUUUGAAAUAAGGAGGACUUCUUAGGCAAAAGCAUAAUCCAAGAGACAUGAAGUGAGUGAUUGAUUGAUUAAUGUGACUACACAAAACAAAGCUAAAUUAAAUGAGGCUAGCUGUUUAACACACCCCAAAAGUAAAUUUAAUGGAUGAGUGAUAGAUUUGGGGAAAUAUUUUCCACAUAUAAAAUAUUAAAAGGUUAAUAUCCAAAAGAAAUAAAAAGCUACUAAAAAUCAAUAAAGAAAUGAUAAUCCUCUAGACAGACUAUAGGGAAAAAAUGGUUCAAGAAUACAAAGUUAACCAAAAAAAAAAAAAGAAUACAAAGUUAUUUAUAGAAAUAGCUUUAAAAAUUGUUAGGUUUUAUAUAUAUAUGUAUAAAGAUGCAUAUCCUCAUGGUUAGGGAAAUAAUAAUGAAAUAUUUUUCACUCUUCAGAUUAAUUAAUAAAAUUAAUAAAAAAAUAAAAUUGAAAGUAUCAAGUAUGGAUGAGGAUAUGAAAAAACUUUCAUGCAUUACUGGCAUGCAUGAGUUGAUUGGUUUAGUCUUUAGAAAGCAGUUUGGCAGUGUCCGUGCACAUAUUAGAAAUGCGCACAUCUGGACCCAACAAUUUCACCACUAGGUAUCUAUUUUUGAGAAACACUAAAGCACAUACAGAUUCAUCUCAGAGGUAUUCAUUGCAUCAUUUAUUGAUGAGAGCAAAAAUUGCAAAUAACCAAAGUCCUUAUAUGUGAGGAAUGCUUAAAUAAACUAUGGUAUAUCAACUCAUCAGUUAACAAAGAGUGAAAAUAAUAUAUAGCUACUCCAUAUAAAGAUCUUCAUGAUGAAGGGCUAAGAUGAGUUUUGGAAUAAGGAUGUAGAAAUAAUAAGAUGUACAUCUAACCAAUGAUCUAGGGGGAAGAGGAAUGGGACUGGGCAGUGUACAAGGAACAAUUAGAAAGAUUCUACUUUUUCUGCAAUUCUUGCAUUUUUAUGUUUUCAUGUGCAGAUCUGUGGCAUGCUCAUGCUGUUUUAAAAAAUAAAUGAUUAACUGGGAAA